AUGAAUUUCUUCAAGUUCAAGCACCCUGCCGCGAAGGCCUCACGCGAAUGCACGCUAAAGCCUGGAUGGUCUAGUGGUAUGAUUCCUGCUUUGGGUGCAGGAGGUCUCCAGUUCAAUCCUGGAUUCAGGCCUUUUUUUUAUGUUGCGCCACUACCGACCUUUAAAGGAGAACGGAAAGAAACGGAAUCUGGUCGCUCCCUUUACACAUUCGCUAGCCGAAAAUCACAGGAAGCGGAACUCUGCUUCACUACCAAUUCAGCUACGAUCUGGGCUAUUGCUAGUCGAGGAAAACCUCAAAAUGGGGCGCCCAGGCUGCAACUCACCUCAGCUGAGUACAAGCCUGAUGAUCCCAACCCUCUCGUUGACGAAAGUGAACCACCUACGAGCAUCGCAGAUGUUGAGAAACCGCCUCCCGCAGAUGCAGAGUUCACAGCAGCUGAAAUCCGUUCACUGUUCAUGGAGGUGGUCCUUCAGCCUAUCUUUCUGGAUCGAGCCUUGCUCGCCAUGUCACAGGAUGAUGAUGGCAAAUGGCGGUGUCCGCGUUGUCAAGAAUUGUAUGGCCAUGACCCUGAAUCACAAGAACACGACCAUGGAUCGCGGACACAUUUGGAGAGACAUACAUUUAUACCAAACAUUCAGACUGGAAAGAUCUUGUCCUCCAAAUGCUUACUGCCAACAGCGACGUAUUCAAAUGCCCUACUCAUGACUGUGACUUCAAGGCAGAGACAGAAGCCCUCGUUCGCACCCACUGCCUUGAGUGCAUCGCACACCACAAAGUACAGGGCUAGACGUGGGAUCAAAAGCCACCAGAUCACCAGCACCCAGAUUACGCAGCGAGCCACAAGACGUGUGGAAGGUUAUACACAGUUGCUGAUGGAAGUCAGGUCCAUUUUCAAUGAUGUGGAGGAUGAGGUCAAUCAUACGCAUCCAUCAUUGAAUUUCAUUCUGAUUGUUUUUGUGCAGAGCCAUCGUGCAAGACUGCAUGCCAACGUCGACUCCCUCAUUGGCCAGGCCGACACCUUUUCCACGUCGGACAAACACAUCCCGGUCACAAUGUUGGAGCUUCUUGAGCUCGUUGAAGAGUUGUCUGAUCUUUCUGAGGAUUCUGAUUAA